UGUUUUAUUUAGGUAGGAGGAGAUAGAAAGAAAGGAAAGAAGCAACUGUAAAGCCCGGGAACCCAAAACAGAAAUCAAUCUCAUGAGGCAGACAAAAAUACAGUGUAGGGGCAAAAAAAAUCCCAUAAACUUUGAGAUCCGAGCAGUGGUGGUGCAACUCAACUCAACCCAAACUUCAAUCUUUUCCAAUCAAAACCAGAGUUAAGGGCAAAACCAAAUCAAACCACCGCCGUUUCCGACAAUCCAAAAAGUUUGAGGUAAAACCAAAAAAUAUAUAUUGUGAAAGGUCACAUUCAGCUACAUUUGCAAAUAUAUAUGCUUUCAUAAACAGGACACACACACACACAAAAAAACACAAUAUCAUACAAAAAACACUUUCGGGGAUAGGAAAAGAAGAAACCCCAACUAUUAUCUAUCUUGAUUUCGAGCACAAAACAAAAUCUGUCUUUUGAGGAAAGGAAAAAGCUCCUGAGAGGCCCAUUUGGCGAUAGUGAAAAUGCCGUUUUGGCAAGGGAGAAAUGGGUCUUCAUCCUCGUCUUCUUCGUUAUCUUCAAUGCAUAAUAUUCAUGCCCAUCAUCAUCAUCAGCAGCAGCAGAAUCAGAGCCACCAUCAAUCUGUGGAGCGUUUGAGCCUUCAAUCUCCUACUACGGUCUCCUCUGUGGCUAAAUCCUUCCUUCCAACUAGGAGGAGGCUCCGUCUUGAUCCUCCUAGCAAGCUCUUCUUUCCAUAUGAACCUGGUAAGCAGGUUAGGAGUGCCAUUGGGAUAAAAAACACAUGCAAGUCUCAUGUAGCUUUCAAGUUCCAAACAACAGCGCCGAAGAGCUGUUAUAUGCGACCUCCUGGGGGUAUACUUGCUCCCGGUGAAAGUCUUAUUGCAACUGUAUUCAAGUUUGUGGAACCUCCGGAGAACCAUGAAAAACCAGUAGACCAGAAGAGCAGAGUCAAGUUCAAAAUCAUGAGUCUAAAAGUGAAAGGGGAAAUGGACUACGUUCCAGAACUGUUUGAUGAACAAAAGGACCAAGUGGCUGUUGAGCAAAUUUUGCGAGUUAUAUUCCUCGACCCUGAACGACCAAGCCCGGCUCUAGAGAAGCUUAAGAGACAAUUAGCGGAUGCUGAGGCUGCACUUGAAGCACGUAAAAAGCCUCCAGAAGACACAGGCCCCAGAAUUGUUGGGGAAGGACUUGUCAUAGAUGAAUGGAAAGAGCGAAGGGAAAGAUACCUGGCACGACAACAAGUUGAGGGGGUCGAUUCAGUGUGAAGCAAUUCUUUCUUUCUUUUCGUUGAUGGAGGUUUCAAAUAUUAUUAUCGGAAUUUACAUUCUUUUUCCUGUUGCUGUUCAAGAAAAGUUUGCUGCAACAUCAAAGUGAGCGCGAUCGAAAAGGUAAAAGUGGAAGCAUGUGUUAUGUCUUGUUGUGGAUAAUGUGAGGAGAGAUUGUCUUUUUUUUUUCUUCUUUCCUUUUUUUUAAAAAAAUGAUUUGAUGAAGGCUUUUGAUUCAUGGCUCAUACCUUGUAAUCUUGUAGAUAGCAGGAACUGAAUCCAAAAUGACAAUGUUUAUGAUUAUUAUUGUGUGAUAGCAAAGCUAUAUAAAAACCGCUGAUGCUUGUUUCUUUU